AUGUUUUGCCUUCUUUUUUACUUAUUAUUUGCUUGGGACGAGUUGGAAGAUGGAAGUCUAAACUGGCUUAACUCAGGGAUGUGUUUCCUUGCGGUGUUCAAAACAGAAGCAGAUCGCAACUCCAACCAAAACGAGAAAGAAGAAUGUGGCGAUCACACGAGUAUCGAUUUGGAGGAUGAAAAAGUUAUUAUGAUUAUUGCUCGACGCAUGGACGAGUUUGCUCGCGGUGGUCCAGACAGUAGCACACUGCCGCUACCACCACGAUGA